CUCUAAAUCCCUCUUCUGUUUGCUAAAUCUCACUGUCACUGCUAAAUUCAGAGCAGAUAGAGCCUGCGCAAUGGCAUAAAGUCCUCAAAAUUGAAAUGUGACAUUGCUCUCAACAUCUCUCAUCUCUCUGGAUUUCUUUUUGCCUCAUUAUUGCUGCUAACCAAUUCAUUUUCAGACUUUUUACUUCAGAAGCAAUGGGGAAAAUCAGCAGUCUUCCAACUCAAUUAUUUAAGUGCUGCUUUUGUGAUUUCUUGAAGGUCAAGAUGCACGUGGUGUCCUCCUUACACCUCUUCUACCUGGCCCUCUGCUUGCUCGCCUUCACCAGCUCGGCCACUGCGGGACCCGAGACGCUCUGCGGGGCAGAGCUGGUCGACGCGCUUCAGUUCGUGUGCGGAGACAGGGGCUUUUAUUUCAACAAGCCUACGGGGUACGGCUCCAGCAGUCGGCGGGCACCGCAGACGGGCAUCGUGGACGAGUGCUGCUUCCGGAGCUGCGACCUGCGGCGGCUGGAGAUGUACUGUGCCCCGCUCAAGCCAGCCAAGGCGGCCCGCUCCGUGCGCGCCCAGCGCCACACCGACGUGCCCAAGACCCCCAAGGAAGUACAUUUGAAGAACGCAAGUAGGGGGAGUUCAGGAAACAAGAACUACAGGAUGUAGGAAGACCCUGCUGGACCUGAAGGAGGACUUGUCACCGCAGCGUCCACUGCUCCGAGCGAGUCGCCUGUUAAGACAUUGGAACGCCUCCCGAAAAAUAAGUUUUAUAAUGUUUCAAAGAUGGGCAUUUCCCCCCAGUGAAAUAUACAAGUAAACAUUCCAACAUUGUCUUUAGGAGUGAUGGUUAAAAGCUUUGCACUUGCAAAAAACAAAACAAAACAGUCUUGCAGCUGGUAGGCGCCUGGUGAUUCUUUAUCAGUAAUGAUCUAUAGAGGGAAAAAAAGUAUCGAUCUUAGUCCCUGCCUCACAAGAACCACAGGGCACAGUGUCACACAGAUCCAGCUGCACUAAAUUCCUCUCUAAAUCUUGGCUGCUGGAACGAGUUCAGCAAUCAAUCUAGGUGGUUUCUGAAUUGUUUUCUUAUUUGCACUCCCUCUGCAUCACACAGACUGUUGGUCUUCCGUGUCUAAUAAUCCUCACCCAUCUCCACAGCCCCUUCCUAACAUUGGUAGGUUGGCAAGUUUGGCCUCCCCAGAAGCACUACCUAGUAGGCAAGUCACCCACGAAUCUUUCAUCCACAAGACUAUGUGUAGCAUUUGUACCAAAUACAGGUUGAUGCACUUAUUUUAGACACAAAGCUUUCAUUUUCCCAUUUAUUUUCACACAAAAAAAUUUUUUUUCAGGCAAAAUAGUUACAACUUCGAGGCCAAUCAUUUUUAGGUGUAUGUUCCAAACAGAGAAAGUCUCUUACACCCUCAAUGCUCCCUUCAAAGGAUGAGUUAGUGUGCAACUGGGUUAUCCUUCCCACUUUAUUUUUUCCAUAUAAAGCACUAUGUAAAUUUAGUGUAUCAGUAAUACAGGAUAUCAAACCAUAGGUAAAACUCUUUUUUUUUUUUUUUUUUAGUACAAUGGUGCUAUUUUGUAGUUUGUUAUAUGAAAGAGCCUGGCCAAAACGGUAAAAGGUGAAAGCAAGGCAGGAGGGAAGCCUGGAGCCAAAGAUGGCGCAGGGGGGAGGAGGGGGAGACAGUCCCAUCUCUUGGGGAAGAGCACAGACUACCCAAGUACCCUUCUGGGGAGCUUUAGAUGCGGGAGUCCACUGACCAGGCCUGAACCAGCAAGCCACAGGAAGCUGUGGAAUGCAAAGACUAAGAAGCCCAGGAAUUUUAAGACCUGGUUUCUUUUUCUCACUGAAGAAACAAAUACCUACUGGCUCUGCCACGGACUCACCGCUGCGGGACCUUGGGCAAGUCCUUUACCUCUCUGCCUGUUUCCUCAUCCGAAAAAUCGGGGCAAUAGUCAUCUACCUACCUCAAAUGGGUGGUAUGAGGAUUAACAAGAUAACGCUUCAAUCUUUAUCCGGCUUUCCAUGAGCCUCGGAAAUGCCGGGACGCGAGGAAUUCUACCAACGACCCCCCCACAGCUGGAGACUUAACAGUGAUCCCCACAGCCCAGUUCCCACCCAACCAACCAACAGGGCUUUAGAGGCUAACAGCUCCAUCUCUUUCAAUACACUUUGCAAAAUGUCAGAAACGUUGGAUUUAAUGUUUGGUUUUGAAUUCUACCUUUGAACCUAGGAA